UCUUGCAACUCGGCCGCCAGCAUGCCAUCCAGACUGAGGAAGACCCGCAAACUUCGGGGCCACGUGAGCCACGGCCACGGCCGCAUCGGCAAGCACAGGAAGCACCCGGGGGGCCGCGGGAAUGCUGGCGGCCUGCAUCAUCACAGGAUCAACUUCGACAAAUAUCACCCAGGUUACUUUGGGAAAGUUGGUAUGAGGCAUUACCACUUGAAGAGGAACCAGAGCUUCUGCCCAACUGUCAACCUUGAUAAACUGUGGACCCUGGUCAGUGAGCAGACACGGGUGAAUGCUGCCAAAAGCAAGACUGGAGUUGCUCCCAUCAUUGAUGUGGUGCGAUCGGGCUACUACAAAGUUCUGGGGAAGGGAAAGCUCCCAAAGCAGCCUGUCAUUGUGAAGGCCAAGUUCUUCAGCAGAAGAGCCGAGGAGAAAAUUAAGGGUGUUGGUGGGGCCUGUGUCCUGGUAGCUUAAAGCUACAUGGAGGGGAGUUCAUUAAAAUGUCCAAGUACUUUUGAAAAAAAAAAUAAA